AUGUCGGCAUGGAUAUGUACAUGCGUACGCAACGAGGCUACGAAACAGUUCGUUUCGCCAUUGCGCAUCAGUGCGCGAGGCUUUGCGCAGAGGGGCCACGCAUUCAAACAAUCCUUCGGUGGUACUAAUCUGAACAAGGGGCAAGAUCGGUUCGUCGAAAUCUCAGCCUCUCUGCACGCCCGUGAUCUGGCCUUUUCCAAGGCCCUGUUUGUGGCAGCCUGGGGGGGAGGGGAGGGGCUUGGGCAAAGAAGUCAGCCGUGUGAUCGUGAACCCCAGGUUUCAAAUCCUCUUGCGCGCAUUCAGCCCCAAAGCGGUGCCCCGCGGAUAAUGUCGUGCUCGGCGGAUGGCAUCGCAAUCGUGCAUCGUAUCGCAUUAUCGUACAUCUUAAAAAUGCAGGAAGCUGUUAAUAACAGGAGAUAUUCUUUAAUAACCUACCUGCUACUAAUACUAAACAGCAUAGCAGUUAAGUAUAUAACUUAUAGCAGCAGCUAG